AUGCACAGGGGCGCGUCGCUUCCUGGAGUUGGCGGCGGACAGGGCGGUGAUUGGCGGAGCGGGGCGUCGUCCGUACGUGAGGCGGUGACGGACGGGGCGGUGAUUGGCACAGAGGCGCAGGACGGGAAUGUAGCUGGCGCAGGCGGUGACGGACGGGACGCUGAUUGGCUCAGCGGGGCGGCUCCCGGCCGUGAGGCAGUGACGGACGGGGCGCUGAUUGGCUCAGGCGGCAGCGGACGGGGCGGUGAUUGGCGCGGAGGGCGUGCCCGGCGCGGGGGCGGUGCCGGCCGUGAGGCGGCGGCGAUGGCGGCGGUGCUGGAGCUCGGGGGCGGCGGGGCCGCGGCGGGGCCUGGGCCGGGCCCGGGGCCGUCGCUGGGCCGGGGGGGCCUGGAGGUGCUGCAGCACACGGUGGGGUCGCUGCUGUCCAGCUAUGGCUGGUACAUCCUCUUGGCCGCCGUCGCCGUCUAUCUGCUCGUGCAGAAGGUGUCCCGGAGCCUGGCGGCGCGGCCGGGCGCCCACGGAGCGGCUGAGGCGGCAGAGGAGCCUGAUGUGGUGGUGAGAAGGCAGGAAGCUUUGGCAGCAGCUCGCCUCAGGAUGCAGGAGGAGCUGAAUGCACAAGCAGAAAGAUACAAAGAAAAACAAAAACAGCUGGAAGAAGAGAAGCGGAGGCAGAAGAUAGCCAUGUGGGAAAGCAUGCAAGAGGGGAAGAGCUACAAAGGAAACCUGAAACUCAAUCAGCAAGAAGCAGAGUCUGGUGCCUCCACCUCAGCGGUCCCGAAAUCUAAACCAAACAAGAAGCCUUUGCGAGGAGGGGGCUACAACCCACUGUCUGGAGAAGGAGGUGGAACGUGUUCCUGGAGACCAGGCCGGAGAGGCCCGUCAGCAGGUGGAUGAGGUUAACCUCCCCAGUGCCCCACGGCACCAGCAGGCUUGAUCUUACCCACUGUCUAACUGCCCACAGCUUGCCUGUCACAGGGACUCCUUUGGGGCUGGUUUAGUGCUGCUGGUCACUUAAAACAGAUUCACACCCUUUCCAAACUGCGUUGGAUGGUCUUACCCCAGAGAAAUACCUGAUCCUCUU